AUGGAUACAGAACCCCGCGUCGAAGCCUACCUGAACACCCAAGACUUCUCGACCUGCAAGUACGACUUCGCACAUCCGCAGCAUGUCGAAGCUAUCAAAGGCGGAACGACCAACUACACCUACAGGCUAUUAUACUCGCCAGAAAAGGGUCAACGGUCGGUCGUAUCAGCAGUCCUGAAAUUCGCCGCCGAGUAUGCGACCAAUGACCCUUUCACGCCUUUCUCGUCGGAGCGACAGCGCUACGAGGCGCACGCAAUGCGCGAGCUAGCCGAUGCCUUGAACGCCCAGUACGAGGGCGAAGAGUGUAUCGUCCGGGCGCCCGAGCUUUACUACUACGACGACGCAAGCCACGUCAUGAUCAUGGAAGACAUCAGCCCUCCCCCAUCGCUGAGCGCGUCCGGUGCAGGCCCCCUGUACAUUUCACUGGAAAACAUGUGUCAGAGUCCUGUGGGCGAAAACGCCUUGGAGCUCAUGCGCCUGCUCGGGGAUCAGCUGGGAAGAUAUCUGUACCGGUUACACUCGCUAACGAGGGGUGCGUCAGAGCCUGCCUCGCGGGAUCUGCGCGUACUUUUCCUGCCCAACUCCAUGAGCAAGGAGAUCGACGUACAGACCUGCUUCCGAGAUGUCCCCGCCAAGUUGGCGCAAUAUGGCAUUCGUCUCUCUGCCGACGACCACAACAAACUUGCCGACAUCAUCGCCGAUCUGGACAAGGACUACAUGAACACACCAGAGAGUGUGAUCAUGGGGGAUACAUUUUUUGGCAACAUCAUCCUCAAGCUGAACGGUAACGGUGGUGAGAAGACGCUCGAGAGCAUCAGCAUCAUCGAUUGGGAGUUCGCCGCGUGUGCGCCGUGCUAUGUCGACCUCGCUCAUUACCUCUCGGAAAUAUGGCUGCAAGACCGCUUCUUCCCUGGUCCGGGUCCGGCAGCGGCCGUGAACCAGGAAGCCGCAAUCUCGACCUUCCAAUCCUACAUUCGGUCAGGUGGGUCUGUCGACCCUCGACGACUGGCAUGCUACGUAGGCGGUCACGCGGCCUGCUUCCUACAGUUUAUGGACUGGAACGACCACGACGGCGUCAAGCGGGCUGUGGCGAAGGAGGGCGCGCUGAUGAUGUUGCACGCUGACAAGGGAGAUUGGGCUGAAAUUGGCCGGAACAGCCCGUUCAUGGGUAAGAUCCUUGAGUUGCUCCUUUGA